UCCAUCGAUAUCUCUGGUGGGUAUAUUUCGUCUGCUUUUAUUUCUUUGCGAUUUUCUUCAACACGUGGAGUGCAUAUAACAGCUUUAUUCAGAAUUUAAUUGUAAGUUUACAAUUAGUAGGCGGUAUCUUAAAGCGGAAAGUUUACAUUAAUACUUUGUUUCUUUCAGGACCGUUUUUAAAGUUACUCCUAGGUUCGAAACAGGUCAAGUACUUUUAAAACAAUGAAAAAUACAUGCAUUGACAACUGAACAAUAUAAUAGACCCGACAUAAUCAUAAUGAGUGUGUGCGGUGCUGCUCGGUGCCGAUUGAUCCAGACUCGCAGUGCUGUGAGCAGGAUCCUUCAGCAGAACCGAACCGUCUGCAGCCACACGAAUGGACCUGCUGAGAGUAUCAGGGAGAAGCUGCAGGCUUUCCCAGGAGGAUCCAUAGAGCUCCAGAAGCAGCAGGAGUCAGGGAUUGCGGUGCUCACUGUCAGUAAUCCAGCGCGCAUGAACGCCUUCUCAGGCAGCAUGAUGCUUGAACUGGAGCAGCGGGUGCAUGAACUAGAGACCUGGACAGAAGGGAAAGCUGUCAUUGUGCAGGGAGCUGCUGGAACCUUCUGCUCUGGAUCUGAUCUGAAUGCAGUCAGAGCGAUAGCAAACCCACAUGAUGGCAUGAAGAUGUGUGAGUUCAUGCAGAACACUCUAACACGACUCCUCAGGCUGCCGCUCAUCUCCAUGGCACUAGUGGAGGGAAGAGCGCUGGGUGGGGGAGCAGAACUCACCACUGCCUGUGACUUCAGGUUGAUGACGUCUGAUGGUGUUAUCCAGUUUGUCCAUAAGCAUAUGGGUUUGGUACCUGGAUGGGGAGGAGCUGCAAGACUAGUUCGUAUUGUUGGCAGCCAGAACGCCCUGAAACUGCUGAGUGGAGCUAAAAAGGUUGAUCCAGACUUUGGAAAACAGAUGGGACUGGUUGAUGAGGUGCUCCACUGCUCUUCUGGUGAGGGAGAUACACUGGCACACGCCGAGCAGUGGCUGAGUCAGUUCAUUAAGGGUCCGGCCCCGGUGAUCCAGGCCGUCAAGAAGGUUGUUAUCUCAGGAAGAGAGCUUCCCCUGGAACAAGCCCUUAAAAUGGAGAGAAAUGUGUUUGGGACAGUAUGGGGUGGUCCCGCCAACCUCGAAGCUCUGGCUUUAAAGCCGAAACAUAAGUGAUUGAAAUCAUCAUCAUCACUGCGUAACAUUAAAACUGUUGCACUUUUCAGAUCACAUUAUAUAAUAGAAGUAACUGAAAAGUUCCUGGAUUGUUUUGCGGAGUUUGUCAACUCUCACAUGCACACAUUAGUGAUUAAAUAACACAUUUCUUAAUGUUUUGAAGUUUAACGUUUUGUGAUUUUUGUGAAGUUUUGCAAUUGCAAGUAUUUAUGCACAUUCAACCAGUCUUUUAUUUAUAGUAUUAUCUGCUAAAUAACAGCUAAAACCAGGCUGUGAUCCAUCCAUUCAUCUCCUGGGAUUCGGUAAUAUUUCAACUUGGAUUUUUUUUAAACUACAAUAAAUUUUCUAAAUACCCCACAUCAUUAGGCACAUAUCAAAACCUCCAACAAAUCAUAUUCUCCCACCUCAGGCAUUAAUGACUUAUUAUUUUCUGUUUUAUUUUUCAGAUUUAAACACCUUUUUUUUCUCAAGUAAUGGACAAAAUGGAACUGGUUUAAAAAGGAUUUUACACAAAACUUGUUAUAAAACAAACAUCUACCUACUGCUCAUGUGUCCCUCAUAACAAUUUAAUAAAUACAAAUGUAACAUUUA